AUGGAAGUGGACGUGACCUUGAAAGAGGAAGUUGUUGUCUCAGGCUCGGUAAAGCUUGAGGUGAUCUCAAUCGAUGAGGCAGGGCUUGUGAUGUCCGAAGAGGUUAUCGUGUCACUGACCACAUCGUCAAUGAAGGUUAUGGUAGGUUCAAGUGAGGAGCUGGAGAGCUCAGUCGAUGAAGUUGGUGUUGGCUCCGAAGAAGCUGAGUGA